AUGAAUGACAGCCUAUUUGUCAGUUUGGACAGGCUUUUGCUAGAAUUUGUUUUCCAGUAUGAGCAAGAUAUAAGUACUAAAGAAGAUAUGAUUCAACGGAUUAACAAAUGCUUCGAAGAUAUUAAAGAAAACAAGGCAGCUAUUUGUAAGAUACAUGAAACUAUAAAUACGACAGAUGAGGAAAUUGGUCAUUACUGUAAACAUAGUGAGGAGAUCAAAGACAACUGUAGUAACUGGAAGCCAACAUGUGAUGUUUUUCAUAAACAUGAAGACUAUAUGCAGGACCAAUUUACUGUUUAUCAAGAAACUAGUGAAAAAGACAAAAAAAUGUAUCAUGAUUAUGUAUGUCAGUAUAAAGAUGUUUUGAAGCAAUAUCAACUAAAAUACUCAGAAACACCUCUUUCACAUGUAUAUUAUGAGAAGAAAAAAGAACAUGAAGAAAUUCAGAAUAGAGUGUUGGCAUGUACUGAACAACUAAAAAUGAAUGAAGCUAUCUUUAUGGAACUUCUAGUACCUGCUCCUUUUCCAUCACUUACUAAAUGGACAUUACAUAUGGUUAAUGUGAGAUGUAAAACACAAAAUAUUCUUAAACAUGCCAGAAGUUUUUCCAAAAGUUCAUCUGAAUUGAAGAAAGAAGUAGAUGAAGUGGAAAUAGAAAUUAAUUAUUUAAACCAGCAGAUUGCAAGACUUCAUGAAACUAAGAAUCUUGCAGAAACUCUGGAAGAAAAAAAUAAAAAUAAGGAAAAGAGAAAGGAAUUGAAAGAAAGAAUUUUUGAAAAAGAUGAACAACAUGUACUUAUAUUGAAUAAAGCCCCUCAAAACAGUCGAUUAUUUCUUCCAUAUGAAUCUGAGAAAGUCAGACCAAUGAAAAUGCAUUCUUCAGAGGCAAGAGUUGUAGAUAAAAAAGAAGAAAGUUCUGUGAAACAGUCAAAGCUUGCCAAUAUUGACUUUAGGCAGAAAGGAAACAACAUGCAGGUACUUAAUGACUCUACUGUGAGUAAACAUUCAAAAUGCUCAAAUGCCGUGGCUAUUAAAAAUUCACAAAAUACGAUGCAUUUCAGAUUGUUAGCCCCACAGGAACAAUCAAAUUGCAAUCAAUGGUUUGAAAAAGGGAAUACAGGUAGAGUUAUAUGCGCAGAACGUUUUGGGAAGCCAAUAGAAGAUAAUAGUGAUGAAGUAGAAGAAAGGACCGAGAAUUUUCCACGAACUCCUGAAAUUCCUUUAUUUUUAAGAACUCCUGAAGCUGUGAAAACACCUGAACCUUUGGAGAAAUCAUUGUUUCCUAAAACCCCCUCUUUUGAAAUUAACAGAAAUAGAAAUAUAACGCCUGAAGGUCAAACACAAAAGGAAUCCCCUGGAUUUUCUUUUCUUAUGAAUUAUACUUCUAGAUCUCCUGGAUUGAAUCUAUUUGAUUCUACAUUUGAUUCAGAAAUCUCAUCAGAUCAGUUUAAUGAACAUUAUUCUGCGGGAAAUUUAAAUCCUCUUUCAUCACAACAAGAAAUUGGAAACUUAUUUGGGAAACCAGAAGGAGAAGAUGCCUUUACAUUUUCUUUUUCAUCAGACUCUUCAACUCAUACAUUUGGAACUGGAAAAGAUGAUUUUAGUUUUCCAUUUUCAUUUGAACAGGAUCAAAACUCAACACCUUCUUCUGUAAAAGGUUUUUCAUCUUCCUCACAAAAUACAACGCAAUUUACCUUUUUUUGA